UGGUGGUAGCGGGAACCAACAUCUCUCCGACGUGGCGCACUUUUUCAACACCCACCGAAUCCUGCCCAAUAGAGACGCACUCCAGAGAACGCGAGAGCGAGUGAGCUCCCCGGGAAUGGCGAUUCCCAUUUUCCGGUCUUUGUUUUCUCAUUAUCAGAGGCUCUCACUUUCUUUCUCUCACAACCCUUUUAAAUAUGAUUCACAUCCAAGGGCGAGGAGAUCGCUUUCUCUCUCAUGCGCUCCACCAGAGGGUCCAGUUGGGUCGGAGGUGUCUUUCUGUGUUGGAACUCACCUAAUUCCACACCCUAACAAGGUUGAUAGAGGAGGAGAAGAUGCCUUUUUCGUGAGCAGUUACAAUGGAGGAGUUCUUGCAGUUGCGGAUGGUGUCUCUGCAUGGGCUGAGCAGAACAUAGAUCCUGCAUUAUUCCCCCAAGAGCUGAUGGCUAAUGCUUUGUGUUUAGUUGAUGAUGAGGAGGCCAAUUAUGACCCUCAGAUCCUGUUGGGGAAAGCACAUGCUGCUACCUCUUCCAUUGGUUCAGCUACUGUAAUUGUUGCCAUGCUGGAGCGUAAUGGAAUUCUGAAAAUUGCAAAUGUUGGGGAUUGUGGAUUAAAGGUUGUUCGGCAAGGCCAGAUUGCUUUCUCAACAUCUCCACAAGAGCAUUACUUUGACUGUCCUUACCAGUUGAGCUCUGAGGCAGCUGGGCAGACAUACCUAGAUGCUGUGGUUAGCACUGUGGAAUUAAUAGAGGGAGACACAAUAGUUAUGGGAUCUGAUGGACUAUUUGACAAUGUUUAUGACCAUGAAAUUGUCUCAACAAUCUCUAAAUUCAGCAAUGUUUCAGAGGCUGCCAAGGCAUUGGCUAACCUAGCUAGCAAUCAUUCGAGGGACACUGACUUUGAUUCACCCUACUCAUUGGAAGCCAGGAAUAAGGGCUUUGAUGUUCCAUUUUGGAAGAAAAUCCUUGGGAUGAAGCUGACAGGUGGAAAGCUGGAUGAUAUCACAGUUAUCGUGGGCCAGGUUGUAGCUCAUGAUACAUUUUCAUCUUCUUAGAUAAAUUAAGAAGUAUGAAUGUAAUUAUUGAAGGCCCUAAAGCGAUUUUCAGGGAAGCUGUUUGAUUAUUUAUUCAUGAUGAAUCAUGACACCAAUGUCCAGAAUGGAAAGAUGCCAUACUGCACA